UGACGACACUGACAACAAUGGCGGCCUCGUAGGCAGCGAAGGCAGAAAAUCGCUUGGGUGGUGUGUUUAGCUAGGCUUCUUCCCGUCCGGUUUUGCCAUAUUUACCCGUGGUUGCGUUUAAAAUAGGGGCCUUUCAUUCACGCGUACCAUGUAAUAGAGAGUAACGGAAACGCGCUAGGACCCAACCCCCCGCGACAAAAUGAAUUCCGUCGUACCGCUGCCGCGGAUUAUCCUCCCCAAGGGUUAUUCCGUCUGCAUCUUCAAAGGUCUACAAAACUGCCAGCGAUUCGCGACCAAAUCGACUUGGGCCCAAGUUCUGAAGAGUUCGCGCGAGGGCUGCGGUUGCUCGGGAGUCCUAGUUCUCUGGGGAUCCAGAGGUUCUCGGCUCGGUCGCUCCGGCGCGUUGGCCGGGUCCGCCUUCGCUCAUCGGCGACAGCAACUUCACACGUCGUGCAGCUUGGGCGAUGAGAAACAGCAGAACCAGCCUGCUAUGUCCGAGGUGCAAGCCACCAUCGUCAAGGCUGUCUGUGGCCAUCGUCCCAAACUGGACGUCACAAAGGAGUACACGGAGCGCAACUUCGUCACGCCCGUCCGGGUCAUGAGCGAGUAUAUGCUCAAACCAAGCGACCUUGAGGGCCUGCGCAAGAUUCAGCGAAGAAGCCCCUACGAUGACGCCCCACCGAUUACCGUCUACCUUCGUAAGGAUGUCGAAGCCAAGGCUCUGGAGAUGUGGGGCUCCUACGACGCCAUCCGCAUCGAGCAGCAGAGGAGGCGGGACGAAGAGCUCAAGUACAGGGAAAGCAUGUCAAAUGUAAAGAGCAUCCUCAAGGAGUACCAAAGGGCGGAGAGAGCAAGCCAGGAGGCCAAGAGGAGGGAGACCAUUCUUAAGGGGUCCGGCCGUGUGGUUCAGACGGCGGUGGUUAUAAACGGGCUCAACUUUGCCUUCAAGGGCAUCGCCUGGCUCUACACUGGUUCACACUGCAUGUUUGCCGAGGCGAUCCAUUCUCUUUCCGACACCUGCAACCAGCUGAUCCUCUCCUUUGGAAUACACAAGUCGAUCCAGGAGGCUAACCCUGACCACCCGUAUGGGUAUCACAACAUGCGGUAUGUGUCAUCGCUCAUCAGCGGUGUCGGUGUGUUUUUCUUUGGAGCCGGUCUGGCUUGGUACCACGGGAUCAAGGGACUCCUUCACCCUGAGGAACUGGAGUCUCUCUACUGGGUAAGCGUAGGCUCCUACGCCACGCCUAUGGUUAAAUUUGCAUAG